AUGGCAAAAGUUACAUUGUUAAUGACAUUUUGCCUCGGCGCAUUCGUAGUAACUUUAACACUCGCAACUGACAAUUUACAAGAUUUUAAUAAUCUAAAUAUUUCCUCAUUCAACCUACCAAAUCAUACAAUUAUAAAACAAUUAUUAGACGUUCAUGGCAAUAAUCUGUAUAUUGACGAUAGUAUAGUAGAGUUUGUAAGUCACUAUGGAUAUAGAAUUGAAAGUCACACAAUCGAAACAAAUGAUGGUUACAUUUUGCAAUUACACAGAAUAACGGGUAACAAAACAAAUCCAAACCCAAAAGGUAAGCCUGCUGUACUUCUUCAACAUGGGUUAUUGAGCAGCUCCAUCGAUUGGGUAAUUACCGGUCCAGAAAGAGCUUUAGGAUUAAUUCUCGCUGAUGUCGGUUACGAUGUAUGGCUUGGAAACGUCAGAGGCAACGUGUAUUCCCGUAAACAUAGAUUUCUAUCUGUUAAUAAUCCAGAUUUUUGGAAUUUUAGCUGGCAUGAAAUUGGUAUCCAUGAUAUUCCAGCCAUGAUCGAUUAUAUUUUACACACAACUGGACAGAAAAAAAUUUCUUACGUAGGGCAUAGUCAAGGAACUACAGUUUUUUUCGUCAUGACUAGUGAAUUACCUGCCUACAAUGAAAAAAUUCACGCUAUGUUUUCACUUGCGCCAAUUGUCUACUCUUCGAAUAUGUUUAGUCCAAUAUUGCAAUCAUUGUCGCAAAAAGUAAACCAACUGAAGUAUAUAGCAGGAUUAAUUGGUUUUUAUGAGCUUAAACCUUCCAAUAAGUUUUUUCAAAAUUUUAAAUCUUUACUUUGUAAAGAGACUGCAGUUGUACAACCAAUGUGCAAAAAUCUUUUGUUCAUGAUUGCAGGAUUUGAUUCAAAACAAUUAGAUAAGGCAAAGCUUCCGUUAAUUUUACGACACGUGCCUGCCGGAGCCAGCGUUAAACAAAUUAUUCACUAUGGUCAAAUUAUUAAAACAGGAACCUUUAGGAAAUAUGAUUAUGGAUCUAUUGGCAAUUUAAAACGGUAUGGUAAAGUAUUUCCACCAUCAUACGAUUUAAAAAAUGUAAGAGUGCCGGUUGCUCUUCAUUACAGCUCGAAUGAUUGGCUUGCAAAUAUUAAGGAUGUCAACAAACUAUACUCAAAGCUGCCAAAUAAAAUUGGAAAAUUCUACGUGAAGUAUAAAAAAUUUAAUCAUAUAGACUACCUCUUUGCCAAAGAUGUGAAACAUCUAUUAUAUGAUAAGAUUCUAACAUUGAUGUCAGUAUACGAGAGUUGA